AUGCCUAGUAGCUUAACGUAUCAGAUGGAAUUUUCCCAAGUUGCUCCUGUUCUCUUAUUAUUCGGAAUUUUAUUUAUUUUCUCACUUGUAUGCAUUGUGGAUUGGUACCGGUCAACUAACCAGGAGGAAGACUUCAUGUGCGAUUCUCAACCAAUGGCCUCUGCUGAUAAUAAAGAAGUCGAACGGCAUUUUACAACCAUUUAG